UACUCUUCGUAAUAUGAUAUAAUCUUUUUUGAGAAGCCCGGGAAAGAAUAAUGGAGAGCAAUAGAGUACAAUAGGUAAAAUACAGGAGUUUAAAAACUAGACAAGCCCUCGAGUGGAACCCGAAAGGGAGGCGGCGAGUUGGUCGUCCAAGGGUGACUUGGAGGAGGUCAUGCGAGGAGGAGAUGAAAGCAUGUGGACAUACCUGGAGCAGGGUGAAAAAGUUGUCAGAAAACCGAAGGCAAUGGAGGUGCGCAGCUGAAGCCCUAUGUUCCUCUAGGAACUAAAGGAUACAAUAAUAAUAAUACUAAUAAAGGUUGGUUGAUACCUGAUUGUCCUAACUUUUUAAUAUAGAAGGUAAGACGAAACAUUUUCUUGGAGACUAAUAAGAAGUGGGAUGACCAUGAAAGGUUGGAGGAAAGAAAUUAUCCAAGGUAUUUCCGUGCCAUCUAUGCCACAGGCAUCAUGGGAACUAAGAAUUUCAUGUAUGUCACAUCGAUGCUUGAAAGUAAAGUCAACUCUCUGAUAUUUGGAAGUAUUUAAUAUAAGACCAUUUGACUUAGACCACUUGCUGAUGUCCAACAGAAAGCUAUUAAUUUUGGAACAGUCAGAAUCGGAAGUGAUAGGCAGUGAGUGAUACAGUCAGAUCAUCUGAAUAUUUGACAAAGUUAUUUUCGUUUGAAUGAGGCGGGUCGUGUAGGAAGAAAGAAAAAAGGAAAGCAGAGAGGACGGUACAUUGAGGAACACCGGAUUUUGUAAGCGAGGUAGAAGAAGAUUUACCAUUAUAUACAGUAUACUGCAUUCUAUCAAAAAAAUAAGAAUGCAACCAACUCUUAGCCCAGGAUCCUGUUUGCGUCAACGAAAGCUUAUUUAAUAAAAGGUCCCUAGGUACAGAGUCAAAUAACAGAUGCGUAGUUUAGGAAAGCUCCACGAACAUAUUGAGCACCUUUGUCUAAACAAGAAACAACAUUGUGAUAUAAGACAACCGCAGUAUCAAAGGUACUUUUACCAUGUUUGUAUGCAAAUUGUUUAGGAUCAUUAAAAGGUUUCAAUGAAGAUUCAAGACGAAGUAAAAGUAAUUCUUCCAUCAAUUUUAAAAAAGGAGAAGUAAUUGCAAUAGGCAUAAAUUUAAUAUGACUACCAGAAGAUUGCUUUGGUAUGGGGAUAAAAUUACUCUUUUUCCAUACAGAAAGUAGAACGCUACAGAAAAAUGAAGCAUUAAAAGUGUUAGUUAGAGGGUAACACAAAAUACCAGCACAAUUUCUGGGGACAAUGGCAGGUACGCCAUCAGGAUUAAAGCUUUGGGAAGAAUUAAGUGACCGUAGACAUUCAAGCAAAAUCAAGGGUAUUAAAACCACAAAAAUUGUUGUCUGUAUGAUUUGUAUCACUCGGAAGGAUAUCGACAGAAGAGCGUAUGAAAGGCUUAUUGAGAGUGUCAAUGAAAAGAGACGGGACAGAAGUACAUCGCUGACCGCUAGUAAUUAUUCUGAAAAGUAUCCACAAAAAAGAAAGAGUUAAACUUGACAAGAAUCUUUGAUAAUAUAAAACAUUUAGUCUUUGCAUUUUGAGUUUUAUCAGAGUAUUUACCUUUUUUACGUGUUUCUCAUCAUUUGUUUUGAACAACAGUUAUUAUCUCUACGUAGCCUUUUGAGAUAUGGAGAAGAGAGACGGUCAAAUAGAAUGAACAAUAUUUCUUUAUGAAAACAUAUUUUGAAACAGACUUUAGGAUAAUCAUAUGUACUUGAAUAUAAACCAAACUGUCUCCCUAAAUUUUGCGGUGAGUAGAAUGUAGGCAUGUGUGUGGUAGUUCGUAGCUGUCGUAGAGUUGUUAUUUAUACAUUUGGUCGUUAUUGAUGUUUUCUGAUAGCCAGUGUUUCAGAUAAAUGUGGACUAUUAAACACAGAAAUGCGUAUAAAUGCCAUAAUGGAAACUUAAUCGGUAAUUGUUUGGGAAGUGAAACAUAUUCGUGUUCACUUGAUGUGUUAGGAAUGGGGAAACUGCAUGUCGAUACUUCUCCUGUUCACAUAAAUGUAUGAUCCUGAGUCAUUUCAGAUGUUUCAGAUUACUGUAUGAUUGUACAUUUCAGCAGGUGUAUUGUUUGCUUCGAUUAUUUUCGCCCAUAUUUCAGAACAAUUUUCGUCUUCACUGCUAAAUACGUGAAACUUUAUUGUUUGGUUGCUGGCAGAAUUUGAGUACGAUCACCUACACGAGUUUAAUGGCUGAAACAAUCUUCAAAUGUUUGAAUUUCAAUGAAGCUGAAAUUACUUUUAAAGGCUACAUAACCCGGGUAAGGAAAUUGGUAUUUCUUCUACAGGGCUUGACACUCAGAUCUCAAUCGAUAUCUCGUUUAUGCUUUUCAUCAUGAUCUCAGUGAUGGUCCUAGUCGGCAGCAUACAGUUUCUGCAGAAACUUCUGCUCGGGAAAGCGUACUUAUCAAUCAUAUUCGCCCUACUUGCUGUUGAUUUGUAUUGUACUGCAUUGUUCUUCGAGAAAAUUCGUCAAAGCGUUAAUGCUGCUCACAUAAUGACUGGAAUAGUCGUCCUACUGCUGUCCGUUUCAUAUUGUUGUACUUACAAGCAGCUGUUCGCACUAAUUAUUUUCAUAACUUUGAAUGCAACAUUGGCAUUAUCUGUCUGUAUCAUAUUUGUAGCGUUUGAAUUGAGAGAAUACUGUUUUUUUCGUCUUCUAACUUCCUUCAGAAAUCCUCAGCAUCAUUUGCCUUGGCGUCUGUGCAGCGUUACUCUGAAAUAUACAACUGAUCUUCUUAUAUCCAUGGAUUCUCUGUUAUACGCGUAUAUGAAUAUUUACAGUCAUUCAUGUGUUGAAGUGUUUAAACUGAAGUAAUUGUGACCAUUAACCAAUAUUUUGGACUGGCAUCCCGUUGGUUUUGUGCCAGAACGUUUGUGGGAAGUUAAUCGGGGCAGAAACAGUCCCCAACAUAGUGAAACCUGCCUGCAGUUCAUUCAUCGUCUGAUGAUGAAGACUUGCUUUUUGCAGCACAGACGUGUAACCACAAACAACUCACAAUAACCUUUGGCGGUAGGCCUCAUAAAUUAAACUUCACGUCUUAUAUCAUAGUAUCCGGAACCAAAAGAGCCUACAGCUUGGCUUCACACAAGUUUCUUUUUAUUCCAUUGGGAAUAUGAGUGGCGCGUUAAUCAAUAAACUGGUCACUAAAAUACUUGUACAAGCUGAAAGAUCAACGUCUAAUGUCAUUUGGAGAAAAAAACAGAUGUAAACAUGUUGUGCAUAACACUACGUUGGAAAAUUGCGAAAAUACUGUUGUCUCAACGGAGUGAAAUCAAAGUAAUCACGAAUACUUCUAAAAAUUCAACACGACUCGACUGUUGAAAAGGUGAUGAUAGGUUGAAGUCGACAACAAAGUGAACUGUUGGCAUGCUGAAAUUCACAUCAAGAAUGUAACUGCACUCAUAGUGAUGCCAUGGUGUUCAUUUUUGUACAGAAUACGAUUCGGAUUCCACACCAUUCUGUAUUUUUAAUAUGCUACCGG